AUGAAUGACAAACUUAAGGCAGGACAAUAGAUUUAACCUCAGGAAAAUAAUAAUAAUUUACUCGAAAAACUGGAUGAUAUGAAUCUUGAAGAUAUGGAUUCUGAACUGCAAAGGACUAAGAAAAAUGAGUUGCUAGACAGACUGAGGCAAAGGAAGAAGUUCAGGAAAAUUAAUAAAGAAUAAUUUGACGAAAAAUUCAAGCAUGUCGACAAGUAUACCUAGCAGCUUAUUGAUAUGAUGGCAUAGAAAAAGACACCUAACUUUGAGGCAUUAAAUCAAAACUAGAUGAAAAUGAGGCCAUAAAGAGAUACUCUAUUUAGGAAUUUCAAGAUUCCAUAAUACCCAGAUCCCUUAAGGAAUUAUAAUGCUAGACCUCAAAAAUAUGGCAAAAUGAGGAAAAGAAUGUAUGAUGAAGAAUAUGAAAACGAGGAGGACAAUAUUUCUCAAUGA